AAAAUUCUUUAACACUCAUGAAAAUGACUCAUCUUAUGUAAGAUACAAAAAAAAAACAAGGAAAUAACUGAAAUAUUGUAAAUCAUAUAGGAAUGUUAUAGCAUUCAGUCAGUUGGAAAUAGGCCAAAAUAAUUAUUAUUGCCAAAAUUAUGUUUUCAAUGAAAAGUCACAAGAAGGAGUCAUUCCGCAAACCAGAAAUUAUAUCAAUAUUUGUAAGAAGAAUGUUUAGUAAAUAUUAAUUUUCCAAUAGAGUUAAUUAAAAGAAAUCAAUUACUUUUAAUAAAUCUUUUAACUCUUCCACAACUUCGUAUCAUCCAGAUGAAAACGGCAAAUAAUAAUUUUACGGUGCAUUUAUAAAGUGACCUAUGUACAAGAAUGUAAUACGACUUCGUUUACGGAAAGUUAUUCGGUUUUAAAAACAAAAAUACCUAAGUAAUGUAAAUUUUAUGCUUUUGAAUUUUUAUUCUUAGCGCUUGUGAAGUAGCUUCAAAAUAAUUGCUUCCAUUGUUCACAUAGAUACGUUUUAUAAAAGGUUAAGGUAAAUUUUUGGGGGAUACAUUUUAUCGUAGAAAAAAUAUUAAAUAAUAUAUUUUUUCAUUAAAACUUUUAAAAUACCUAUUACAAAGUUAGUCAUAAUUUUAUGACUCAAAUAUUCACAGCUGUCUUCGUAAACGUCACAUCUAAUGUCAAUUUUUCUUACUAACUUCGACGUUUGUGGAUUGUGUGUGGGACAAUGACAUUUCAUUUUAUGUAAACAAAUUGUUGUUCAAUUCAGUCAAGUAAAUAAAAUUAAAUAAACUGGAAGUAAAAACUACUAAUUUUCGUACCUAAAAUUUUAGUUGGUACGGGUUCCUUCCUAAUAUGCGGGGCUUUUGUCAAAAUUGAUACCAUCACUUUGAUCACAACAUGGAAAUCACAUUAGAAGAAAGUAAUACAGAAAACAUAGCACCUUUGCUACAUGAAUUUGUUAAACGAAUUUUAAAGGAGAGUAAAACAUAUGAUUCUAUUCAAAAGGAUUUUUUAUUUGUUAUGAUUAUUGUUUUGAUGAUAGAGAAUGGCUUCUUACUAGUUAGUGAAGAUAACGAGGUGAUGGACCCCAUGGCAUCUUUCAGUGUUGUCCAACUAUCCAAAUGGAAAUCACCCUCUGGGAUAUAUGAAGCUACAUUCAUAAUGUCUGGAUUUAAGAAUAUUACACUGAAAUUGAUCAUGAGUCCACUGGGAGCAACUGUGUUAGUGAAUUUAGUAAUAAAUGAAUUAAACUAUGACACUUAUUCUAUUUGUAUACCCAUCAGUCGUUAUGUGGUGUCACCUCAAGCUACGUCUAUUCCAAUGAUAUUUCGAGACUUGAAACAUUUCUCAACAACUUUCAAAAAUAAAACUGUGUCUGCUGUCAAAAGUAGAAUAUUAAGUCAUCAUGGUUAUGCAAGUGCUAGUCUAAUGGGACUGCCAGAGGAAGUACUCUUGAAUAUUAUGAUAAACCUGCCUGUGAUAGACAUAAUUAAUGUUUGUAAGGCAAACACAAGACUGAAGGUGUUACUAGAAAGUGAUAGUUUGUGGUACUCCUUGUGUAAGAGAGAUUUUAGAACUGAUCUACCAACAGAUGGUAGAAGUUGGAAGGAACUGUACAAGCAAAAUUAUAUCACAGAACAGGACAAGAAAUUAAGGAGCCGAAACCGAGGAGCUGGAAGCAUGCAUGACUACAUGGACUAUUCAGAUUAUGUUUCCUAUAUUGAUAACCCACUGUGGAAUGUUAUUAUUUAAAUUAAAUAUGUUAAUGUUGAAGCUUGUAUCUGUAUUAAUCUGAUCAAAUUACAAUGCAAUAAAAUAAAAAUAUUAAAUUAUGUGAAAUAAAAAUACUUUGGCUCAAA